GAGGAAAAUGGCGGCACCUUUAACGCUCCUGCUGAUAGUGGCUGUGACAAUAAGAGCUGUUUUAUUCCGUUCCAGUUUGGCAGAAUUAAUUUCGGAGAGGGUUGAGGUGGUAUCGCCUUUGAAUGCGUGGAAACGAGUUGUGGAGGGUCUUGCCUUGUUGGAUCUGGGAGUCUCGCCUUACUCAGGAGAUGUAUUUCAUGAAACACCCCUUAUCAUAUACCUCUUUCAUUUUACGAUCGAUUAUGCAGAGAUUGUGUUCAUUAUUGCAGAUGGAAUCACAGCAGUGGCUCUGUAUCUGGCAGUCCAGAUUUAUAACAAGAAUGUGUUUAGAAAACAGAAGUAUGCUUUAGAAUCAGAGCGGUAUCCACAUGACUGUUUGGAGCUUCUACGUUCUCCCAAGGAGAUGCUCUACAUCCCUUUCAAAGUUGCCAUGUUUUACCUGUUAAACCCCUUCACCAUUCUGUCUUGUGUGGCAAAGUCGACUUGUGGACUGAACAAUGCAGUUAUUGCACUCUUCAUUCUCUGUACAUUAAAAGGUAGUUCCUUGUUGAGUGGGAUCUUUUUGGCCUUAGCCACAUAUCAGUCUAUGUAUCCUUUGACACUGUUUGCUCCUGCACUGCUGUUCCUCCUACAGAGGUUGUAUAUCCCAGUGAACCUGAGGAGGACUAGUUUCUGGUUCUUCACUCUGCAGUAUGCAUUUAUAUAUGUGGGCAGUCUGUUGGUGAUCACUGGCCUCUCCUUCUUUCUCCUGAGCUCCUGGGAUUUCAUCCCUUCUGUCUAUGGAUUCAUUCUCUCUGUUCCAGAUCUCACUCCUAACAUCGGACUCUUCUGGUAUUUCUUCGCUGAGAUGUUUGAGCACUUCCGUCUCUUCUUCAUCUGUGUCUUUCAGAUCAAUGUCUUCUUUUACACCAUCCCUCUCUCUAUAAAACUCAAGGAGCAUCCAGUGUUCCUCAUCUUCAUGCAGAUUGCCAUUAUCUCUAUCUUUAAGUCGUACCCGACCGUGGGAGAUGUUGCCCUCUACAUGGCUUUUCUGCCUGCCUGGAGUCACCUCUACAGAUUCUUAAGGAACAUCUUUCUGGUGUCGUGUGUGCUGUUGGCAUGCUCUGCACUCUUCCCUGUUCUGUGGCAUCUCUGGAUCUAUGCUGGCAGUGCCAACUCCAACUUCUUCUAUGCCAUCACCUUGCUCUUCAAUGUUGGACAGAUCCUCCUGGUGUCUGACUAUUUCUAUGCCUACCUGCGUCGAGAGUAUCACCUGACUCACGGCCUCUACCUGAAGAAGAAAGACGGCACUGAGGCCACGCUGGUGUUGAAAUGACCUUCAGUCACUGGACUGCGAGACCUCACCGACUGCCUCACACUUCCACAUCACUUUUUCAUCUUUUUAUUUAUAUUUAUAUUUUCACUACAUUAUCUUUUUUUAUACCCUUUCUUCAUUUCCAUCUCUAUCUGCUUCCAAUACCAUGUUUUGACUUCAAAACCCACUCUUUUCUUUUGCACAUUUGAGAGUUUUACCUCAUGUUUGGUUGUGGACGCCCCCUCUUGGAGAAAAGGGGGGGCGCUAACUAAAGCACUCUGAGUGAAUAAGGAACUCUACUAUAUCUCUGCUCCCAUGAAUGAGGGAAUUAAAAUAACUGAGGUGGGAAGAAAGGUUAUGCUAAAGUGUUUUUUCAGUUAUUUGUGCUUCUAAUUGUGUUUCUUCUUUGUUCUUUGAAAGUAUCCAUUUUCUGUUCCAGUGAACUCCUUAAUUCAGACAGUCGAUGCUGUUUGGUUGGACAUGCAGUUUGUAGUGCUGGUCAGCAGAGGGCAUAAUAUGAAUAUGCAAUGGCAAUAGACUGACCUCUCAGAGCCUUUGAGCAGUUUUAUUGGACUGCCUGACAUGGAGAGCUGGUUAUGUAGGAAGGAGCAUUUUAAUAGUUAACUCUCUGGGUGAAUUUCGCGAAACCUGUCAUGAACAUUUCCGGAUCAUAUUUCACCACAAAAUCAAAAAAUAUGUAUUACAGUAAUAACAUUCUAAUCAUUUAAAAAUCAUGGUAACACUUUAUUUUAAGGGUGCACAAUAAUGCACAAGUUAAGCAUGAAUAAGACCGUAAUUAAAAGUGAACAAUGUAAAGUAAAGCUAUCUUAGCCAUAAUUAACAACUUGUUGAAUGCCUAAUUUUUGUUGAGAAAGUAAUGUGGUUAAUUUCUUUUUUUUUUUUUUUUUUUUUUUUCAGUGAUCAAAUUUUAAGUUUGCCAGUAAUUAAGGCAAUUUAGUAUUGGCCUUUCAAAUCAGUUACUUAUAAAUUACAAAAAUCUUCUAUUGUUUAAUUUUUAUUUUUAAUUUGUUUUUUUGUUUUUUGUUUUUUCACAUUUCAGUUACAAUAAAACUCUGCAAAUGCUGUAAACACCUAAAAAAAAAAAAAAAAAAAAAGUAACAAAUGAUUCAAUUUCUUUUUAUUUUAAGAUUAAUUUCAUUGAAUAAAAUUAGUUCAUUAGUAGUAGUUCAUUAACACAGUUCAUUAGUAACAGUUUAGUCAAACCAAUAUUAAUAAAGUAUUCUCUUAGUUUAAUAAACAGAAAAUACCAUCUAAUAAGUGUUAAACAAUCCAGUAAUUUGAGUAGAUUAAAAUGUCACUUUAGUACAGGGGGUCAAGUUGUCUAAUACAAAAUUGUAGCAAUUUAUUAGUAAAACCAAUAAUAAUUAAUUAAUAAUCAUAAUCAUAAUUACUGUUUAAAUAUAAACUGAAAUACCACCUAAUAAAUGAACAACCAAAAAAAUGAAUAUGUUUAAAAGGUAAAAUUGUACUUUAGAAAAGAGGUUCAAGAUGUCUUUAAUAGAAGAUUUUAGUAAUUUAUUAGUAACAGAUUUGCCAAUACUAGUUAGCAUAAUUUAAGUUAUAAAUAUGUCUAAAAUACAGUUACGCUACAUUCAGUUAAUUGUUCAUUAUUAAUUACUGUCUUAUUCAUACUUAACUAGUGCAUUAUUGUAGACCCUUAAAAUAAAGUGUUACCAAAAUCCCUUAAAAGUAAACCAACCAGAAGCAUUAUGUUAAUAAGAAUUUUGUGGGGAAAUUGUAAUGACAGUUUAAUGUUACAAUGUAGAAACUGUUAAUGGUACUAAAAUAGGUAUAAAGUAAAAUUCUUAUAUUUUUCAUUUAAUUUUGGGCUGAAAUGAGGACCUGUUUUUGUGAGAUUUACACAAAUAUUGUUCUCACUUUGACUCAUAAACUAAAUGUUUGAUUUUCUUUCUCUUUUUAAUAAUGCAGUCUGUCUGACGAAUAGGAGUUGUGUACAUUUUUGAAUUUGGUGCUUUUUGUGCAACGUUCUUUGUUUUGUUUUCUUAUAUACAAAAUGAGGAAUUAACGUGCGCUGAGAAUUUAUGUAUUGUAACAUUGGCACUGUUUGGAAUUGGGUUUACUGUUCUGUUUUAUUAUUUGUCUGGGAUUGAGAAAUAGCCAGAUUUACUUCAAUAGGUAAAAAUGGCAAACUUUUGACAUAACCCCAAAAUGCCAAGUAAUGACAGGUUUAAAACCUUGUGUCAAUUACACAGCUAUUCGAUAGUCCAACUCAUGGUCAGGCCUUCUUAGAUGGAAUUUUCCAUUACCUAUAUCAGUUCCAGACUUUUCCUUUUCUCAAAUAAUCCACCCCUUGGCCAUGGAGGAAGAGGUUAACAUCCGGAUGUCUUUUCUAGAUAAUGAGGUCAGCUGUAUCAAAGUCCAGUGUGUGAAAGUUUUCAUUGAAGUCAUAAAACAUGUAGAUAACCAAGGUUUACAAACAAAUAUAUCUGUGUUUUAAUAAUUGUAUUGUACAUUAACUCCAUAAGAUAUUUAUAGGCACUUUUUUUAAACAACAGCUGAACAGUCAUUACUGCACAUUGAACAAAAAAACAGUUUUAAAAUACAGACUAAUACAACAUAUAGACUACUGACCAGAAUAAUAUCACUAUGUGAAGAAAUAUAUAAAAUGUGUUUGUCAUCAGGAACAUUGUAACCUUGGAUCAUUAUGGUGUUGGACGACUACUGAGAUUAUGCUUUUACUUUGGCUUUUUGUGCAUUUGUUAUUAGUCCUCAUCAUUGAUAUUCAUCAGUCUUUUGGACAUUUUUGCAAAAAUCGCACAUUAUAUCUUGGUGUUAUAUCAAGUGUUGCACAGAAUUGUUGAUAAAUAUGCUCUCGGUUCCAGAUUAGAAACUGUAGUAUGUACAUAAGCACGAUUAAGGGCUACUCUCCUGCUUGCAUCUGAGAUGGAACAGUGAAAUUUGAUUAACUGUUCAUUUCAAACAUUUAGUGUCUAGGAAUUUCUUUUGAUAUAAGUUUUUUUUUUUUUUUUUUUUUUUUUUUUUUUGAAUGACUAAAUGUCACCAGUUUGGAAAUGUGCACACGAAAGUAUUAUUCAUUACUUGACCUUUGUUUUACAUUACUCUAGUUCUCAUUUUGGACUGAGAAGGGAGUUUGGGCCAAUUAUGAUAUCUUGACACUGAUUUUAAAAGAUUUGUCAAAUAUGUGUUAAUAAAAAUGA